AUGUCAUACGAAUCCUCCGCCGCCGAAGUGGCGGAAGAUUACCGCCAGGCUCUUGAGGACCUGACUACCAACGUGCGCUUCGAAAUUAGCAAUCUUACGAUGAUUGCAAGAGAACAGACCGAACAUGCACAGGUCAUCUCUGAAGUGCUGCAGGACCACAUCUUGAAGGCCCCUGCACACAAGAAGCUGCCAGCCCUUUACGUCCUCGAUUCGAUCGUCAAGAAUGUCGGAACUCCGUACACCCUUUUCUUCGGAGCCAAGCUAUACCAAACGUUCAUGGAAGCGUAUGCCGCAGUCGACGGCCAAGUACGCCGCAAGAUGGAUGAGAUGUUGCGCACAUGGAAGGAACCUGUCCCCGGAUCUUUGGACAAGCGUCCAGUCUUUGCUCCGGAAGUCACCCAGCCCAUCGAGAGCGCACUCAUGAAAGCCCGGACGUCGGCUCUUCAAGCUCAACAAGGCCGCGGCCGUGGACGACCUGGUGCGCCCUAUCGCGAGACGCCCACGCCUCCAGGUGUGCGACCUGGAUCGAAUCACCAAGGACCCUACGGCCAGCCGCCUCCUAUGCAACAGCCAAACGGAAACCGACCUCCAAGUGCUCCGCUCCCACAUCAUCCGCAAAUGGCGCCAUAUGCACCCCCGCCAGCAUCGUACAGUGCUCAGCCGCCUUCAGCGGCCUCUGGUCCCUACCAGCCCCCUCCACAAAUGCCACACGCUGGGCUCGCGGGUGCUCAGACUGGUGUGAUAAGCAAAGAUUCUCUGGGUCAAGAUAUCCAGAAGUUGAUCGAUGCGUCGAACGCUCCGCCCGCUGCGGACCCUAUGGCCUUGCUUGCAGGAUUGCGGCAAGCGGGAUUGCUGUCUGGAGGUGUGCCAAGCGCUACGCCAACACCAGCACCGCCGGCUCCCGCGCCAGUUCCCCCUCCGGGAAUGCCUAUGCUGCCGCCCGGCUUGUUGCCUCCGAACAUUGCCAGCUUGCUAGCUGGCAUGCCGCGACCUCCCAUGCCGAAUAUGAACGCGAACCAGCUAGACGCCACAGCGCUCAAACAGCAAUACCAGCCGCAUUUGAUUGCGUCAAUCUAUGAGCAAUUAGGACCGCAAUGCACGCAAUGCGGCAGACGAUUCAAGACAGAUGAGGAGGGCAGAAAGAAGAAGAUGGCGCACAUGGAUUGGCAUUUCAAAGCUCACCAACGGCUUGCAGAAGCAGAGAAGCGAGGCCAGCAUCGCAGCUGGUAUGUCGACAAUAACGACUGGCUCAAGUCACGAGAGGCAAUCGAUGUCGACCACCCGCCAUCUACGGGCGAUGCCUCGUCUAGCCCCGGCAAGGAGAAGAAGGAAGCCAAGCCCAAGUACAUCCCUGUGCCAGAUGCGUCAAGCAGAAUCAACAGUGUCUGCCCUAUAUGUCAAGAAAAGUUCGAGAACAAGUGGCUGGAUACGGCGCAGGAAUGGGUUUGGCUGGAUACAAUUCUAGUCGGCAACCGGGCAUACCAUUACAGCUGCCAUGCGGAGGCAACACAAGCCCGGGGGAGCACCCCGACAUACUCGAGGAGUACCCCCGAGCCGGUGCACCGCAAGCGGAAGGCGGAGGGUGACCACAAAUCUCAUCGAGGAAGAGUGAAGGCAGAGAACAGAAAAUGGGAAACAGAGCUCGAUUACUAG